AUGUGUCACAUAACCCACACCAUAGCCGCCAAUUGCAACCACAUCUUCUCCGACAUCGACCCUUGUUCUCAACCCAAGGGAAUCGAUCCACCGCAGUGCACAGACUCCGAAUGCGUCAUCCGCGAAGCCAGAAUCCCCGGCAAGUGCAGCGCAUGCCAAGCCGCGGAUAUUGAGCUUGACGAACAAGACCAACUAAGGGAAUUACAGGAAAGGUGUCGACAGGAGUUUUUAGCACAAGCACAGACAGGGGUUAGGAGAAGCGACGCAGAUACAGAGCUAGCACAAGCUCUGCAAGCCUCGCUAUCUGAAGCUGAAGAAAGCAGAGCGCGAGUAGAGGGACAACACCUCAUAGUCGCGCUUGCAGCGUCGAAGCUCGACACCCCUUCUGGAUUCACGUCACCGCAAGAUGAGGAAGACGCAAUCCAACACCUCUUACAACAAACAAGUGAAGAACAUGCGCAUGCUCAGAGCGCUGCAGUGGCCCUAGGUGCACUCCCAGAUGAUGAUUCGCUGAUGAGGGAGGUGUUGAUGAGGUCUAUGAUGGAUUGGCACAGUUUGACGAGGGAGAAUUCAGCUAUGCCGGAUCUGGACGCGGGCUUGAGUGUGGAUUUGGAGCCUGGGGGGAAAGGGAAGGGACCAAGACAGAGGGACUGGUUGCCCGUAACCAUGGCUCUACCUCCAACUCCAGCUCCAGCGGCAUCUACACCUGCUGUUACGAUUCCUGGUUCGGGGACUGGUAGGCAGCAGCAGCAACAGAAACCACAACAGAGUGCUGCAGGUACACUUAUACCGGCGCUGAACAAGCCUCCUCCUGCUCAACCUUCUAACCGUAACCAUAUAACAGUAGCAUCUUCCUCUUCCUCUUCCUCUCGCUUUCAUCCAACGGCAAGCGCGCGAAGCCAACCCCAAAGUGAAGACACACAUGUCGAGUUCUCAGCGAUACGAGCACAACAACAAGUUGCGUACGAAGCCUCGCUGGUCGCAGAUUUGGAGAGGGCGAGGAAGAAGCGUGAGCAAAAUGAAGCCCAGGCGAGAGCCGAAACCGAAAUGAAAGCGGAGGCUGAACGGAAGCCACAGGAUGUCGGGGAAGGGCCUGAAGCGGAUGUAAAAAGGUAUGAGAAGGGCGAGAAAGUUGAAGAUCCAGGGCAGCUGAAGGCUAAGCACCUUGCUUUUCUGAAUCGGUUCAGUUCACAGAUGGGAUCGAACGGCACGUAUGAGAGAGAGAUUGUCUACCUGUGA